GAACUUGGUUGAAACUUCCACAAUGCCUUUAUCAACUACUCGAAUAGAUAGUGACACACUUGUAAAACUUUAUAAUAAAAAUGGUAUAAAAACAACUGAUAUAACAAAAAUUAAUCAAAAAAAGUAUGAACGCAAGGUCAAAAAAGCAAAGUUAAAUGCUCGUUCAGAACUUGACAUAUUUGAAUGGUCCAAAUUUGGUUAUGCCAACAAUAAUUAUUGGAUUUCACCAUCUGCUGAUAAACUUUCUCGAAUCGAUGAAUCACAAGUUUCUCGAGAAGAAUUCAUCGAGAAAUAUGAAGUUCCUGGUUUACCUGUUGUCAUUACUGGUUGUUCGAAAGCCUGGACCGCAGAAAUAAAAUGGAAUAAAGAGGAACUUUUGCGAAAUUACGCUCGUCACAAAUUCAAAAUCGGUGAGGAUGACAAAAGAAAUCCUGUACACAUGACUUUUAAAUAUUAUAUGCACUAUUUAGAAACAGAAGGUUUAAAAGAUGAUAGUCCAUUGUAUAUUUUUGAUUCAUCUUUUGGAAGACGUGGGAAAUCUAAGAAAACCAGUGUUGAAGAGCCUAAAAGAAAAGAUUUGAAUCCGAAAUCUAGAGAAUGUCUGUUGAAAGAUUACAAGGUUCCUACUUAUUUCGACGAUGAUCUCUUUCGUUUUACAAGUGAAAGGCGUAGACCUCCAUACCGCUGGUUUGUACUUGGUGGAGAAAGAAGUGGAACUGGAAUUCAUAUUGACCCACUGGGAACUUCUGCGUGGAAUACUUUGUUAGUUGGACAUAAACGUUGGUGCCUUUUCCCACCAUCCACAUCUCGCAGAUUGAUUGAUCCUCCAAUGAAACAGAAAGAUCGUGAAUCGGUAACUUGGUUUACCUGUGUACUCCCUAAACUACUUGAAGUCCAAGAGGAAAAUAGCAAAAGCCUUGCUGAAGAAUACGGAAUGGUUGAAGUGUUACAACGACCCGGUGAAACCAUGUUUGUACCGGGUGGAUGGUAUCACGUGGUAAUGAAUUUAGGUAAAAUAAUAUUUUACUAA